UUGACUUUUUUGCUUCGCUUCCUUUUUCAUCAUCGCAUCUCGCUUCCUGGACCCAGCCACGGAAGCCAGACCCCUCCCCCCAACCAACCAACCAAAGCGCCGGUAAGAUAAUACAGAAGUCCUCUUGGUUGCCCGCACACGCGACAACGCCAACGCCAACAACGCCAACCGCCAGCCACAUCACCGCCAUCCAUUCUUGACAACCAAUUUGUGUGCGUCUUUGCUUUGACAAUCGCCACGCGUUUCCCCCCCCCGCCUCCUCACUCGCUCCCUUUGCUUCUUGUGGCGUUUCUCCCUUCUCCCAUCGCUUGCUUCCCACUUUCUCUUUUGUUUCCCACUUCUUGCUUGCUUCCGUGCACCUCCAUAUCACCACCACAUCACAUACCUCUCGGUUGCACUAACUCCACGACUCAUCCUUGCUUGUGCACACCUAUGCCGUAACCGUUGAUCCCGCGUGCUCGAUUUCUCCUUCUUUGUCUACCCCUCACUCACGCACACGCACACACACACCCUCUCUCUCUCACUCACUCACGCACACACUCACUCGCCUACACCGUCUGCCGGACCACAUUCGCUCUCCUUCAUCAUACGCUUGCCGUUUGCAUUCUCUCCGAACGCUUCCCUUUCUUUGACCGUUCAUUUUCUAUCUCCAACCAACCAACCCACCAACCAAUCGCGCGCCCUCACGUCAACUGCACGUCCUCAUUCGUCCUCCUUCAUCCCUCUUCUCCGUCCAUACCAACUCCACCGCCGCGACCGACCGCCACCAUCGCCUCCCACCCGCCAACCGCCAACACCGCCAUGCUUCGAACGCAAGACACCCCCGCCGCGCUGUCACCACAGCAAGAAGCAUCCCACGCAAAGCCUGCCCAGGACACCAGUUCACCACCGCCCGACCCUGCCAACAGGAAGAACAUGCUGCGCCGCCGCGCCUCGCUCGCCAGCCAGCGCAUGCAGAGCCUCGAGGUUCCAUUCAAGAGCAUGGAAGACCUUGACAUCACCCACAAGUCCGCAGACGAGCUCAAGCAAUGGAUGCAAAAGGACCCCACCACCGUCGCCGAGGCGCUGAGGGAGCUGGCCCUGGCGCAGAAGUUCUCGACUGUCAUGCUGGACAUCAGCGCUGCGCUCAUGGAGACAACUGACACGAAGGAGGUUGUGGAAACCAUCCUGCAGCACGCUGCUGAACUCGUCCACUGCGACAGAUGCUCCCUCUUCCUCUACGACAAGGAGACCAAUGAGCUCUCCAGCCAGGCCUUCGACGUGUCGGAGGAAGGCUGUGUCGGGGACAGCGACGACAACCAGUUUUCGUUCCCGGCCACAACGGGCAUUGCAGGGCACGUGGCCACCACUGGCGAGACGCUCAACAUCCACGAUGCGUAUGCUGACGACCGCUUCAACCGCGCCAUCGACGACAAGACAGGCUUCAAGACCCGCAACAUCCUCUGCACGCCCAUCUUCGACAACAACGACGAGGUGAUUGCUGUCACGCAGCUCAUCAACAAGCACGGUGACGGGCCUUUCACGGAGCGCGACGUCAAGAGCCUCAACGUGUUUGCCGGCUACUGCGGCCUUGCGCUGCACAAUGCGCAGCUGCACGACCAAGUGCGGCGUGACGCCCGCCGCCACCAGGUUGCCCUGGAGAUGCUGUCCUACCACACCCGCGCGCACCCGCAGGAGGUUGAGAAGCUCUCCACCACCGAGCCCCCGCAGGAGCUGUGCACGCGCCUGCGCUCCAUCACGUUUGACCCGCUGUCGAUUGACAUUGACGACACGCUGCUCGCUGCGCGGGCAAUGUUCACGGACAGCGGCUUUGCUCGCAAGCUGCGCAUGCGGCCCGACGACCUCUCCUCCUGGCUCAUCUGUGUCAAGCGCUCCUACCGCGACGUCAGGUACCACAACUGGAAGCAUGCCUUCAACGUGGGCCAGUUUGUCUAUGGUGCCCUCAUGAGCUCUGAGAUGGGGACGUACUUCUCUGAUCUCGAGAAGGCGGGCAUCCUCAUUGCCGCGCUCUCCCACGACCUCGACCACCGUGGCACGAACAACACAUUCGAGAAGAAGUACAGCACCCCUCUUGGCGACCUGUACUCGACGUCGACGCUCGAGCACCACCACUUUGACCGCGCGGUGACGAUCCUCAGCACAGAGGGCCAGAACAUCCUCGCUGCCCUGCCAUCCAAGCAGUACGAACAGGCGAUCAAGCAGAUUGAAUCUGCCAUCCUUGCAACCGACCUUGGCCGCCACUUUAGCAUUCGCAAGGAGUACAAGGCGCUUGUUGACGACAAGACCUUCGACAAGGCAAAACGCGAGCACUUGGACAUUCUGCGGUCGAUCAUCAUGACGGCUGGCGACCUCUCUGCUGUCACGAAGCCGUUCCCUGCGCAGCGCCGCGUCGCCGAGCUCGUCUACAGCGAGUUCUUUGAUCAGGGCGAUCUGGAGCGGGCGCUUGGCGCCAAGACAGACGACCUGCAGGACCUCAUGAACCGCCAGAAAGUCAGCGAGCUGCCAAAGAUGCAGGUUGGCUUCAUUGACUUUGUGGCCAAGCCCGUGUACGAUUCACUUGGCGACCACUUUGAAGACCUCAAGGUGCUGCGCGCUGAGGUUGAGCGCAACCGCCGCGACUGGGAGGCCAUGCGCGAUAAGGGCCCGUACCAGUUCAUCACCCCGAUUGACGUGCUCACGGCCAAGACCAAGUCUGAUGUCGUUGGGGAGCUGGCGAAGCGUGCUGAGGAGCGUGCUGAGGGCGAGGCCUCCCAGUAGCGGGACGAAUCGCGUCGUUGGCACAACCCCUGUGCACGCAUACACACACCCACACCCAUACACAAGCACACGCAUGCAUGCAUGUUUCCCAUUCAUCUUUGCCCCUUCACUUGCUUGUUUGUUGCUUUCUGCUGUUGUUGUUUGUUGUCAGUGCUUCAGCACCACCACCACCACGCAUUGAAGAAAUUUGACCACACCUUCCAUAAACAUUCGUCACGCACCACAAAAGACAA